AUGGCCGACUUCAUCAAUGGCCUCUUUGGAGGCGCCAAAUCCUCCGCCUCUCCUGUUCCCAGCGGUGAUUCUGAUUUCGCAGACUUCGCCGGCGCACCUGAUCCGUCUCCUACCGGUGCUUUCACAGCUGCCCCCGGCGGCGCGAGCCUUGCUGGUGGCGCCCCCGAAGCCACUGCCCGUCCCUACACGAAAUGGUACAACAUCCACGAGCGUCACUCCCUGAGCGAGUUCAAGCUUGAGGGAGCUAUUCUCGCCGUCAGCGCCAUUAUUCUUCUGCUGCACCUCUUCGGCUCGCGUCUGAACCGCAAGAAGGCCAAGGCCUGGGCCACUGCUCACGCGUCGACCUUGAGGGGCGAGUUCGCGUCUGUCGGCUUCGACCCCAACCCGACCGUCGACAGCGAUCCCAAGGAUACCCAGGGUAUCUUGCGCGAGAAGUCCCUCUUUGAGUUCGCCAGCUACGGAACCGGUCGCCAGAAUGUCGCGUUCAUGGAUGUCAAGUUGACGCUCACCAAGCGCUUCAACCCGGCCCUGGGCCUUGUCGAGUCCGUCUCCAGCUUCUUCAUGGACGCUGUUGAGACCCCCCACGACUCCAUGGAGGCUGUCAUCUACCCCUUCGACGGCAAGGAAUCCCUCACUGUCCCCGCUGUCCCCGGCACCCACGAGCUGCGCAGCAAGGAGAACAAGAGCACCUACGACAACUUCGUCUGGGCCGUUGUCUCCAAGGAGCGCAUGAAGCAGGUUCGCGACGAUCGCUACGACGUCUCCAUCACCUUCACCAAGGACCACAACAAGCUUCCCAACUGGCUCACCGUUAUGAGCGAGAGCGCCGAGAUCACCGAGCAGCUCCUGACCCCCGAGCUCAUCAAGGCCGUGGAGACUGCUGGCGAUGCCCUGGACUACCUCAUUGUCUCCGACCAACCGAUUGAGAAGCCCACCACCCUGGAGGAGACCACCCCCCGCAAGCGCGUCUUCCUGCGCUACCGCCUGCCGUCCAACAACAACUACGACUCCCUGUUGCCUCUGUUCGAGUACUUCGUCCGCAUCCCCGACCUCCUCGUCUCGGGCGCCCACUUCCGCCCCGAGGUCCUGCGCAAGGUCCGCGUCGUUCGUGAGGAGACCAUUGCCCAGAUCAAGAAGGCUGCCGAGGCCGAGAAGGCCGAGGAGCGUGCCGUCGAGCGCGAGAAGCAGAAGAAGGCCAAGCGCGACGCCGAGCUCGGCGCCCUCGAUGCCAAGGCCCAGAAGAAGUACCUCGAGAGGGAGCGCGAGCGCGAGCAGAAGAAGAGCAUGAAGAAGCAGACCAUGCGUGGUUGA